AAUUUGUUCUUACAACAAAAAAGCUAUCAUCUUCUUCCCCAUUCCUUAUGUGUGUAUAACCAAAAAUGGCGCUUGAUGUUGCGGAGCUUGACUCAACCCCUCCCUUCUCUCCUUCUAAACUCUUCAAAUCUUCCCCUUCCAAGAAUUCCCCAUUACUCAACACCAAUAACUUUCCUUCCAUUUCUACUUAUUCAACCUCCUUCUCCACCCUCCACGAAUCUCUCCAUGAAUCUCCUCACAUCUUCGAUUUCUCUGAAAUCAACGCCGCCACCAACAAUUUCCUCACCAACCGACACACUGCCGCAUCCUCCACCCCCUCCUGGCGCUGCACGCUUCAAGGCAAAGAUGUAAUCAUCUUCCAACGUAAGUUUCAGCCUCAAAUCGGCCUCCAACAAUUUAAAGAUCGCUUCUACAAGAUUUGUCUAUGUCACCAUACCAGUAUUAUCCAACUUCUCGGCAUUUCAAUCUCUUCCGAUUAUCUCUACUUGGUUUACAAUUUCGUUAAUGGAGCAAAUCUCUCCGAUUGUUUGAGAAACUCUAAAAGCCCUAAUUUCACUGUUUUAUCUACUUGGAUUUCAAGAAUGCAAGUCGCUACAGAUCUGGCGCAUGGCCUCGAUUACAUCCACAACAAAUCAGGAAUUAACAUCAGUUUAACGCAUAAUCAUAUAAAGAGUAGCAGUAUUAUAGUAACAGAGCCUUCGUUUAAUGCUAGGAUUUGUCAUUUUGGUGUAGCGCAACUCUGUAAUGAGGAUGAUUGGAACAAAAGAAUUGAAAAACCUUUGAAUCCGAGGUGUAUUAAUGGCGAAAUUGGUGAAGAUUCAAAGAAGAAACUGGAGUUGAAAGAUAAGCAGGCGGUGAAAUCGAAGAAAGUGCAAAUAAAAGGGGUUAGAGGAUACAUGGCGCCAGAGUACAAAUCCAGCGGCGUAGCAUCGCCGAUGACCGACGUUUAUGCAUUUGGCGUUGUGAUCUUAGAGCUAUUGACUGGUGAAGAGCCUGUGAAGUUUGAAUUUGAUAGAAGGAAAGGAAAUUUCGUUAGGGUUUCUUUGAUCGAGAGUGCCAUGGCAGUAAUCGAAGAAGGUGGUGAUGACGUGGAAGGGAGGCUGAGAAAGUGGGUUGACCGUAGGCUGAAGGACUCAUUUCCGAUACACGUGGCAGAGAAGAUUACGCGAUUGGCUAUUAAAUGUGUCGACGUGGAUCCAGCUAAGCGGCCUAGUAUGUCCCACGUGGCAAGCAAGAUUUCCAAGUUGUAUAUAGAGUCGAGAAUUUGGUCUGAUAAUAGGGUAACCCCUGCCAACUUGUCAAUCUCACUAGCUCCUCGUUAGAGGUUGACUUUUUUUUUUUUUUUUUUUCAGUGAGACUUUUCAUUUAGGUAGGGGAUAAUAGAGACAAUGACCCUUCAAUUAUCUUCAUAAUAGUAUGAUAUUGUCCACUUUGAAUAUAAAUCCUCAUAAUUUUGA